GACCUUCAGUGAGCCCAGGCGCUGCAAGAUGAACGACCACGGAGCUGGACGCCCCUACUACCGUGACGAUGUGAUAGUGGUGGAUGGAGAUAGUUUGCCCCAUGACACAGGCGCCAAACCAGACCUGCUCAAGGAAUACAAGAAGCGAGUCACCCUGGCAUUGGCGCAUCUCGAGGGUAGUGGCACUGACGACGAGAAGAUUGCGAUGAGCCUCGAGAAGAAGAAGCGACGACGCGGCAUGGACAUGGGCGAUUAUCUAUCCAACAAAGAGAAGUUGCGGGGAGACUUGUCGGAGAGAGACGAAAACACCAUGCUCUCGGACGACCUGAUGGCAUUCUUUCUAUCGGACGGAGCGAAUCUCUCGGACGAUCAGAAGAGGAACAUCGCGCUCAACAACGGCUCGGAGUAUCGGCUCGAGACGCUUCAACACAAGUUGAGGGUGAAUUUUCACAACGCGCACGAGAGAGAGAGAGAGAGAGAAGCAGACAGCGACGACGCACAACCAGAGGGUGGAAAAAAGGCCGACCACGCCGAGGACGCAUCAAAGGACGAGGACAUCCCGGACGAGGAGUUCGACGAAGGAGCGAACGCAGCAGAUGACGACGGCCCAGAUUUCGGCAGCGACGCAGGCGCGAGCAAUGACGACGAGGUCUCCGAGGCCCACAGCGCGCGCGGUGCGGCCAGGAAGAAGCUCGAAUGCACGCGGAAGAGACGAG